AUGUCCCCCGCAUGGGCUGCUUCCCCCUCUUCCGCCUCCGCUUUCCCCCAGGCGGGGGUAUACCCUCCGCUAAGACCGUUCUUCGCGCCCAUCAGCCCCGCGACCGCCGGAACCGCAGCCUCUUCCGCAACUUCCGCCGCAGUUGGCGCCGCAGCAACUGGCGCAAGCGGCGGCGGAGCGGGAAUUGCGGGGCAAGGCGCAGGGGGGCAGGCCACGGGCGGGGAAGGCUUACGGGGGUUUUCCGCCGGUGCUGGAUGGACGGGGGCAGGGGGAAUCGUUCCCAGGGGCAUGCCAGGUGGGUUGGCGCAAGGAACGGCUGGGAUUGGGGGAAUGGCGCAAGGGAUUGCUGGGAUGGGCGGAAUGGCGCAGGGAACGGGGGGAAUGAGGGGAAUGACGCAGGGACCCGCGGGGAUGGGCGGAAUGAGCGUUGGGGGGAAGGCUGGUUCCGCGCUGGUGCUACCCGGAGCUGUACGCGCUACAGCAAGCAGCCCGACUUCUGCUGUUAGCGGAGCAGCUUCUGUCCAGCCUAUUACCCCUGUUGCCAAGGCAGGAAGGAUAGCAGGGACCAUGGGAACAGGCGCUAUGGGGCAGGGCGGGAUGGGGCAGGGCGUUAUGGGGCAGGGCGUUAUGGGGCAGGGCGGAAUGGGGCAGGGCGGAGUGGGGCAGGGCGGUAUGGGGCAGGGCGCAGGCGGUGUGGGGCAAGGCGGGAUGGGGCAGGGCGGAGUGGGGCAGGCGGGAUGGGUGCUGGCGCAGCAGGCUGCUGCCUCUGGGGGCAGGAUAUUGCCCUCCGCGCAAGGGGCGCAGGGGGGCGUGCAAGGGGCGCAGGGGGGCGUGCAAGGGGCGCAGGGGGGCUUGCAAGGGGCGCAGCAGGCUGCUGCCUUGGGGGGCAGGAUGAUGGUCUCCGCGCAAGGGGGAGCGCCAGGGGCACAGGGGGGAGUACAAGGGGCGAAAGGGGUGCAGGGGGGCGUGCAAGGGGCGCGGGGGGCCGUGCAAGCGGGAGUGCAGGGGGCGCAGGGGGGGUUACAAGGGACGCAGCAGCAGCAGCAGCAGCAGCAGCUGUUUGCUGCUGUGCUGUCUGUAGGCGCUAUCCACUGCCAGUUCACUUUCUCACCCAUUGAGGUGGUUUUUGAGGCGCCUCAAAAACUACCUCAGUGCUGCUGUAGGCGCUAUCCACUGCCAGUUCACUUUCUCACCCCCUCCUUCCCCUUCCCCAACCGUUUCCCCACCUCAUCUUCCCCCUUUUCCCGCUCUUUGCUUGCAGCGUGGGGACCUGCAGCUUCCCCCAGAGAUUCUCAACUCUAUCACUCCUCCCCCUCUGCCGCCCAACCUUAG